UCAGAACACAAAGUAGAAGGGGCUGGCCGCAGCGAAAGAGAGAAGAGAGGAACUACUGUUCAUUACAGAAACCCCUAAUUGCUGUGUUGUGUUGCAAUCCCAAUGGCCAACGACUCGUCGUUUUUGUUCGCCGGUAUUCGUUUCGACAGAAAGAAGUUCGGCUCCGAUAUUGCGAGGUUCCAGAAAAAAGAUAGUGAUAAUAAUUCAGUGAAUGUUUGGAGCGCCGCUGAAGAUGAAAGCGAGAAAAUAAGGGAAACCGUGGAAGAGAUAACAGCGUCGACGAAGAAGAGGAAACGCAAGGGAACUUCUUCCGAAACAGUCGAAGGAUUCAGUGUGUUCAGAAAUUCGACAUCGGUGACGCAAUCGAACGAUGAUGAGGUUCGAGCUGAUGAAGAGUCCGUUAAGCUGAAUAAGAAGAAGGAACAAAAUAGGCAACUCGAGCGGGAUGCUAUCUUCAGAAAGAAGCACAACAUUCAUGUCUCUGGCUAUAACGUGCCGUCUCCGCUUCUAAACUUUGAUGAGUUGAAAUCGAGAUAUAAAUGUCAGUCGUAUUUAUUGCGCAAUCUGAAAGAACUUGGAUUCAGGGAGCCAACACCUAUUCAAAGGCAGGCUAUUCCAGUACUUUUACAUGGUCGUGAAUGCUUUGCUUGUGCACCAACUGGCUCUGGGAAAACCUUUGCAUUCGUGUGUCCAAUGCUUAUGAAGCUGAAGGCUGCCUCAAAAGAUGGCAUUCGAGCUGUUAUCAUUUGUCCUACCCGUGAGUUAUCUGCUCAAACAUAUCGAGAGUGCAAAAAGCUUGCUAAGGGAAAAAAAUUUCGUAUUAAGUUUAUGACCAAACAUCUUGCAAGAAAUGCUGAAUUUUCCAAAAAUCCAUGUGAUAUACUUAUAUCCACACCACUUCGAUUACGCCUGGCUAUCAAAAAGAAGAAGGUUGAUCUCAGCAGGGUUGAGUAUCUUGUCCUUGAUGAAUCCGAUAAGCUAUUUGAGCCUGAACUGUUCAAGCAGAUUGAUUCUGUUAUCAAAGCAUGCUCAAAUCCCUCAAUAAUACGUUCACUGUUCAGUGCUACUUUACCUGAUUUUGUUGAAGAUCGAGCUCGAGAGCUCAUGCAUGAUGCAGUUCGUGUAAUUGUUGGUAGAAAGAAUAUGGCUUCGGAAACAAUAAAGCAAAAAUUGGUUUUUACUGGAAGUGAAGAAGGAAAACUUCUAGCAAUUCGUCAAAGUUUUGCAGAGAGUCUAAAUCCUCCAGUAUUGGUCUUUGUCCAAAGCAAGGAGCGAGCCAAGGAGCUGUAUGGUGAACUGGCAUUUGACAACAUUAGGGUUGAUGUCAUCCAUUCUGACUUGUCUCAAGAAGAGCGGGAAAAUGCCGUUGAUAAUUUCAGAGCUGGAAAAACAUGGGUUUUGAUUGCUACCGAUGUAGUUGCUCGGGGCAUGGAUUUCAAAGGUGUAAACUGUGUUAUCAAUUAUGAUUUUCCAGAUUCUGCUGCUGCAUAUGUCCACAGAAUUGGUCGUUCUGGUAGAGCGGGGAGGACUGGAGAAGCGAUUACUUUUUACACGGAAGAAGACAUUCCAUUCCUACGGAAUGUGGCUAAUCUUAUGGCAACAUCAGGCUGUGACGUUCCAUCUUGGUUCAUGGAAUUGCGCAAAAAGAAGUGGAAAAAGCACCGGCCCAAGAGAGAUUCAAUCUCAACCAAACCAGACCUAUAAGCCUACAACAGCAAGGAAUGAGAACAAGUUAUUAACCCUAAAAAAUUUUGUAGUGUAUAUUUCUUAAUAGGCCGGGCAACAUAAUUUCAAGAUUCUUCAUUCGCCAUCACCCCAAAAAAGCUUUGUAACACAUGAAAAGGGGGGAGGCGUCAGGUGGCAAUUGUGGCCACGAGAGAAUCACGUUUUAAGCUAAUGCAAUCGGGUAGCUGGCACGGUUGCCUGCACAAGUUUAAAACAUGAUAGCACUGUACCAAUACCCCAUGCCCUCCUCAGCCCCUAAUGCUGCCAUCGUAAGCUUUAUUAUCUCUUACAAAAUUUUUGCGCCUAGCCUUGUAUUGAACAUGGAAUUUCUUUGAUCCCUAGAGUGUGUGAGUUGAUAAACUGAGAAAUUCCUUUCAUUAAAUGUUUUUUGAUUGUUGAGGAUGAUAGGGAUCAUUUAAGUUUGAUAGUCAAACUUUUGUAAGAAUUUUUAUUUUAUUUCCAAGUCAUUAUUUCGAUCUGCUUCAGCCAUCUCUGGUAAAUGUGACUAUUUUUCCUUAGUAUUAUGACGAUUGUCCUAAUACCAGGGCAUGCGUUG